UGGGAACCAGUACACUUCACGAUUAAUCGUGCGCUUAUAUAUUCUGAAGAUCAUAAGCGUUUGAGAGACAAGUAUCGACACGUGAAAAUGAACGACCCAAACGAUUUCUCAGACCUGCAGCAGCAGGCUCUUCAGUUGACAGCAGACAUGGACACCGGCACAGACCUCCCAAGAGUAGAGCGUAAUCUCACCCAGAUUCUUGAAGCCGGGCAGAGGCUACUGGCCAAGGUUGGACCCAUCAGUCAGGACAACACGGACGUGAAGGCGUCAAUCUUACUUGGUUCCAAAGGAUAUGAUGUUCCGAAGAUUUCACAAAAGCUGGAGGGUCUCAGUGCAGCCAAGACUUUUGAACCGCUUGAGCCAGUCAGAGACACUGACAUACAGGGAUUUUUGAAAAACGAACGAGAGAAUGCGUUGUUGGCAGUCAUUGAGCAGACACGUCAGAAUACAUUUUCGGAGGCAGACAGACGCCACUGGGAUUGCAUGGAAAAUGAGUGGGAACGGGAAAAGCAGAAGAUUUUGAACGCACUACUGGGCUCUGGACAUGAUACCAUUGACCUCCAGCCAGAAACAGAUAGUUUUCUCAUGGACUCUGUGUCUAUGCAAGGUCGCAGUGCUCUGGGCAACAUUGAGAUAGCCUACGCAAGACAGGUGUAUGAAUACAACGAGCAGGUGAUCAACUCUGCCUAUGUGAAACACCUUUCAGACAUGUUUGUGGAGGUUGCAAAAACAUUUGAUAACAAGCAAGUGAGUGAGUUGUGGGAGAUGGUACGCUGUAUGAUGGACUGCCCUUGCCCCAGCGGGCAGUCCCUGAGACAGAACAAGAACACCCAGAAAGCCUUUGUGAGAAAUGCGCGCUCAUAUCUCGAGCAGUCCUACAAAAAGUUUAUCACAGCUCAGAUCUCAGGGAACCUGCAGCAGGCUCAGCUAGGUGGUGUGCCAGGCACGUGUAACCUCGUACGCAGCUACCUUAACAUCCGCCAGGCCACCCUGCCCAGGGGACUCGAGGUACAUAUCCAUAGCAAUAGACUGAACAUGUGGAGGGGUGUAAUUUAUUCUCAGUUACACUUUGAAGGGUGUGAUUUCCCCUCUUUUACACAUAAUUCUGAUUUCUUCUUUACACAUGGAGGGGACGGGUUGGUUCAACAGUUUGAUAACGUUGUUGUUUGUUGUCAUGACGGACUGGUCUACCUGUUUGUUAUGUUGCCAGGGGGGGUGGUGGAAGGUCACCCUACAUGGGCCAUGAUCUACUACUGUCUGCGCUGUGGGGACCUCAAUGCAGCACAGGCUGUUGUCAAGAAGGCAGGCCACCAGCUGGGCGACUUCCCCCAGUUCCUACAGGAGUACGUUGCCAACUCAGACCACAGACUGAGCCCAGGCAAUGAGACCAGACUUCAGCUGCAGUACCGCAGGGUGGUCAAGCAGUGUCCAGACCCUUACAAGAGGUACCAGUCAUGGCGGUUAUACUGUAUCGUGGGCCAGUGUGACUACAUGGAGGACCAUGCUGACAUUGCUGAUAAGAUUGACGACUACCUCUGGGUGAAGCUGUGCCAGAUACAGUUUGAUGCUGAUGAGCGGACAGAGACACUCACAUUGCAAAAACUGCAGACCCUGCUUUAUGAGGAAUAUGGUGAAAGCCACUUCAAUGGCUACCAGCAGCCGUUCCUGUAUUUCCAAGUUCUCAUUCUCACAGCCCAGUUUGAGGCGGCCAUUGAGUUCCUGUCACGUAUCGAGCGCUUGCGUUGCCAUGCCGUUCACGUGGCUAUCGUUCUGUUUACCACUAACCUGCUGCAGUGCUCACAGUCCACACAGGCUCAGCUGUUGAGUAAGGACCCAAACGAUCCAAGCCCCCAGCGGCGUCUGAACUUUGCACGCCUGAUCAUGAUGUACACUCGCAAAUUUGAGGAGACUGAUCCACAGGAGGCAGCACAGUACUUCUACUUCCUCAGGGAUCUAAAGACUGCUCAGAAUGAGAUUUUUUUGACGUGCGUCAGUGAGCUGGUACAGGAAACCAAGGAGUAUGAGAUGCUCUUAGGCAAACUGAUGAAGGAUGGCACCAGAAAGCCUGGUGCGAUAGACAAGUUCCAGGUGGACACCCGUCGUAUACUUGACAAGGUCGCCAGGGAUACGGAGAGCAAAGGAGCCUUUGAGGAUGCAGUCAAGCUGUAUGACCUCAGCAAG